UAUUGCGUUAAAUUAAUGCGCAAGAGUGAUAUUACUGUCAUCAGUAAUUUUUGAAGGGGAAAUUUAUUUUUGUCUGAGCAUAAAAAGAUAAUAUGGCUGGAGAAGAACAAGUAGAAUGUCCUUUGUGUAUGGAACCAUUAGAAAUAGAUGAUGUCAACUUUUUUCCAUGUACAUGUGGAUACCAGAUUUGCAGAUUUUGUUGGCACAGAAUUAGGACAGACGAAAAUGGUCUGUGUCCAGCUUGCAGAAAGCAAUAUCCAGAAGAUCCAGCAGAGUUUAAACCCCUGACAGAGGAUGAACUCCAAAGAAUCAAGAAAGAAAGAAAACAAAAAGACCUCCAGAGAAAACAGAAAGCUGCAGAAAAUAGAAAACAUUUAGCAAAUGUCAGAGUUGUACAGAAGAAUUUAGUGUUUGUUGUUGGUCUGUCUAAAAAAUUAGCAGAGACAGAAACAUUAAAAAAACAGGAGUAUUUUGGAAAGUUUGGAAAAAUUCAUAAAGUUGUGAUAAACCAAAGUACAUCUUAUGCUGGAGCACAGGGUCCUAGUGCUAGUGCUUAUGUUACAUAUAACAAAGCUGAGGAUGCUUUAAAGGCUAUAUUGGCUGUCAAUAACGUACAUAUUGAUGGACGGACGUUAAAGGCUUCAUUGGGGACUACAAAAUAUUGUAGUCAUUUUCUUAAAGGUUCCCAAUGUCAAAAACAAGAUUGUAUGUACUUACAUGAAUUGGGUGAAGAAGCAGCUAGUUUUACAAAAGAGGAAAUGCAGUUAGGGAAACACCAAGAAUAUGAACAAAAGUUACUAGAGAAUUAUAUGAACAUGCAGAAUUCUGCCAAUAACCAUGUGAUAACAACUGGUAGUAAACCCAUUCCUACCAGAAAGAAAGAGACUUCUCCAUUAACAGUAACAACAUCAUCUUCUCCUGAAUCACAGGGAACGCCUCCCUCAAUUAUGUCUAAUCACAGUCCAAACUCACCCUCCAGUAAUAAAGAUGCAUGGCCAUCGUUACAACCGGGUAAUAAACCAAUUAACAAACCAACCCGUACAGAUCAACAUAAUAGGGUGAACAAUAAAAUUAGAACAAAAUCAGAAGAGGACACAGAUCACAGUUCACAGAUAACAGACAGAUUUAACGGUACUAACUCAGUCCAUAGAACUACAGACCCUCAACAUAGUAACACAGUACACAGAACUACAGACCCUCAACAUAUAUCUCCCCCACAACAGACAAAACCUCCAUUAAGUCAACCAAGAAUUGUCAAUUCAGGGGUACCAGGAGUUAAAACUGUUGUGUUUGACAACCCAGCCCAAAGUCUUUCAUUAUUUAGUGGAAAUGUAUUUUAUGGCAACAGAAAUCAGAAAAUACCAGUACCUACACAAACAGAAGUACCAGACAUACCAACAACAGAAAUUUCAGAAUCAAUACAAGUGUCAAGUUGUACAGAUUGGCAAGCAGCAUUCGGUUUUACAUCAAAAUCUAGAGAAUCACAGGAUGAUGACUUAGGUUUUGAUCCCUGGGAUGAAUCAUCAAAAGGUUUAGCAGAUUUGCUGGAAAAAGAAAAUGUAACUACAAAUAUCCAUCAGCAAAACAAUACUCACAAUCAGAAAUAUGACCAGAGACCAACACAGAAUCUUCCCCCAGGUUUUACACUAAGUCACAUACAGAAUCAACAGAGACCUGUACAGCACCCAGCAUUCCUACAGAAUGAACUAGUCGGUAGUAGAAUGAUGGGGUUUUUACAACAAAAUCCAUCAAUGAUGUCAAACAGACGAGAACAGACAAAUCUUCAGCAUCCAGAGUCAUACAAUAAAGAUUGGCAAGAUGGUCUUCGGGCAUUAUUACCAAAUAUAAAUAUUAGUUUUGGUGCACCACCACCAACAAGUGCUAACUCACAAAAAUCAUCACAAAACAACCACAAAUCAAGGCGGUGUUUGUCAAAGAAUUCGUACUUUGAUGGGCCGAGGACAAUAUUUGAUCCAGCCAUUUUAUCUUCAGGAAAAUACUCAGACGGUUCUAUGACAGAUUGUCCUCCACAUUGGUUAAAGUCAAUUACACAAUUAACAGAAUUAGAAGGACAGAGUCAAAACCACAGAUUGCCAUUUGUACAACAGUUUCCAAUCAGAAAUUCUGGCUGGCCCACACAAACACAGAAUCCACCCCCAGGUUUCCAGACUAGACCCCCCACACAACAUUCAGAACCACACAAAAUUUCAGAAGGAUUACAAUAGAAACAACUGUGAUUAAGACAAAGACAUUAAACCAGGACCGUUCUCCUACAGCCAGUCAUCAUCAUUGGAACCAGUGUUAUUUAUAUACAUUUUGUCAUCAAAAAUACUUAACUGUAUUUGACUAGCAUUUAAAUAUUCUUUGCUAAAUCCAUUUUCAGUUGAAUUAUAGAAAGAUGUAUAACAUUUGAAUGAAAAAGAAGGAGGUUUAGUGAAAAAUCAUUUUCAUCUGGGUAAAAUUAAAACAUUUCUUUUACAUAUUACACAUUUUUGUCAGUCUCGAUUCCUAUAGUUUUCCCCAUAAAAAUAUGAAUUUAAAUGUUUUAGUUAUUCUGGGUUAUUCCAUUAAAAUGAAUGUGGGAGGAUACACAUGGAAGUUUUAUUUUUGUCAUGGGUUGUCCAUUGGAUGUAUGCAAAUUUAUUUACAGAAAGUAUUUAGGUUGAUGGGAGAUUUUAGUAGUACAUGUACCUUCCUGCUCUCUCAUAUCCAUAUAAUGGAAUAACCCUAAUGAAUCUUAAAUAGUUUUUCAAAAUGAAAUUUUUUAAAAAUUAAGAAUUCUUUAUCCACAUUGACAGGUGAACUGCUGCAUUAUUCUCUUCCAGUUGAUUUUUCAAGCUACGCAAGAAGUAUUGCUCCUUUUGAAUAAACAAGGGAAACUCUUACCAAACUUUGUCAGACUCUAGUGAUUCAGAUCUUUUAUUUUCUGUGAGCAUUUGCCUAUAUAUGCAUCCUACCAAAAAAGUACUUUUUGUUGCAAAGUACAUACUUUUAUUUUAUUUAAGUUGAUACAAAAGUGAUGUUAUUGUUAGAUAUGAUUAUUGAUGUAACAAACAUUUUACAUUUUAUUGAAUGAAAAAGAACAAAAUGCUUUAUGAAAGUCCAAGAUUUAUAGAGAAAUGAUAAGAUUGUCAUAUUGUUUACAUGUGUAUGUUAUGUUAUAAUAUCACAAAAUAUGCACAUAGUAAUGAGUUACAGAUGCUUUGACAGAAAUUAACAAUAUAGAGCAUCAAUCGCCCAAGAAUUAUCAUUUUCAGAAUGCUUUGAUAGGUUAAAACAUUUAAUUUACUACACUUGUUCACAAGUCUUCCAUUUACCUUCCCUUGAAGAUUCAGUAUUCAUUUAUGAUUUUAAUGUUAUUUACUGUUUUUGUUGGUAUCACUAAGAAUUGAUGGAAUUUUCUGGCUUUGGUAAAUUUGAUUUUACUUUUAAUUUUUGCAGCCACUAUGUUCAGUAAAUUAUUCUUUUUUAGCAUGAAUUGAUAAUCGAACACUUUCGCUAAUCUUUUUUAAUAAGAUUCAAUUUAGGGGGCUGAUUUUUUGCACAUCUUUCUUGAUCUAUUAUAACUUGAGUAUUUUAAACUAUUGUAUUAUUGUGACUUGCUAAUCUGUGAUACAAAGAAGUUUCCUCAGAAAAUGAUUUUCAUUAGGUUUGUCAUACACUUUUCUUCUUUUCUUUACUACAUUUGCUUAAAGCUUUUAACAAACAAUGUCAUUGCAAAUAGAAAUAUCAAUAAAAAAGGUUGAGUUGUCCAGAUAACCACAGGUUUUUAGGAGAAAAUAACUAUCCAAAAGUUGAGAUCUGUAUUCUGGUUUGUCUACUGAGUUAUAUGAAAAUGGUCGUGAUUUUAUUUUAUGGAUAUGAUUUGAAUGAUCAAAUGAAGUUAUUUUCAAACUGAAGAAUUAGACUAACCAAUGCUAUUUCGGUUGAGGGGAAUAGCAGACUGCUAAACAUGACAAAAAUGUUAUAGAGGAAGUAUUAAAGUGCUGGCAGUCAAUUGUAAUUUUAAAUGAAUUUUAAUAGUGAUGGGUUAACCAUAUAUCUGUUGUGUAUUGAUUCCAAAUAGAGAGCUGUUAUCAACAGCAACAAGGUGAUAAAUAAAAAAUAAACAGAAGGAUUUAUCUUA